AUGGGGGCGCCAUCAUGUCUUGCGUUCCUCCUGUUGUGUGGCACGUUGCUAGCAUUGCCGCAGUCGUCGCACGGCACAACCAGAUACUACACCUUCAAUGUGACGAUGCAGAAUGUGACACGGCUGUGCACCACCCGCGCCAUCCCGACGCUGCGGACGGGGUGGUCGGACGGGCCGGCGUACGUGACGCAGUGCCCCAUCCAGACGGGGCAGAGCUUCGUGUACAACUUCACCAUCACGGGGCAGCGGGGCACCCUGUUCUGGCACGCGCACGUCUCCUGGAUGCGCGCCACGCUCUACGGGCCCAUCGUCAUCCUCCCCAAGCGCGGUGUGCCCUACCCGUUCCCGGUUAAACCCUACAAGGAGAUCCCCAUCAUCUUCGGAGAGUGGUUCAACGCGGAUCCCGAGGCAAUUAUCGCCCAGGCGCUUCAGACUGGAGCAGGCCCAAAUGUGUCGGACGCCUUCACCAUCAACGGGCUUCCGGGCCCCUUGUACAACUGCUCCAGCAAAGCAGGAAAAGAGCUGGAUAGCUGUGCUGUCGUUGAUCUUUCUGAGAGCGGAGUGCUGCACUAUGGCAGUGAUGCAUAUGAACAGCAAAAUUUUCAGGUAGCAGAUGCAUUCAUGGAAAAGAAACAACUCUAG